AUGCCUACUUUACGUAAAAGGAAAAGUACUUCACCGGGCAAUCCUGCCGCUAAUAAAGGAAGGCAGUCUAAAACGCGGACUCCAAAACGAAGGAAGGUUACCAAGACCAAUUUUUUUGUAGAUGGCGAUGUUGAUGAGAAUGAGAGAGUAACCGCAUCUGAAGAUGAGAUAAAUGACGAAGAAUAUACGCCUGCAUCGCAGAAAAAGGGAAAAAACAAUCGUGCUAAAAAUUUGACAAGUCCGCGUAAAAGAAGUCUUAAUAAGACAGAAGAUAGUACACCUGUUGCGAAACGUAAAAGACGUAGUACUGCCAAAAAAGUAUUAAAUGUAGAACAUGAUGCUAGUAUAUUUGCGGCCGUAUUAAGUGGACAAGCUAUGCAGAUGACCAUCGAUGAUUGGAUAACUCAUUACAAUCAAAAUAAUAAAAAAGGACUGAUAGAGCUUGUUCAAUUUAUUGUUCAUUGCUGUGGCUGUAAAGGCGUUGUUACGGAAGAAAUGUUGAAAGAGUCCGAAAAUAUCAAGUCUAUUCAAGAAUUAACUUUAAAAUUUGAUGAGGAUAGCAAUGAAUAUCCUAUUAUCAUGACCGGACCUAAAUAUAAGAAACUGAAGGGAUACUUGCGCGAUUUUAUUGUCCAAUUUGUAGCUGCUUGUCAGAAUGAUAUUAUCUAUGAUGAUGAUGUCAUGGUUGUUGUUGUAUCAUGGCUUAUAAGACUUGCUGAUUCUCAAGUUAGGGCUUUUAGGCACACGAGCACAUUCCUAGGGAUGCACCUUGGGAAUGGAUUAAUUACCGUCAUUACAACUGUCAAACGAGAAUUGGAAGUUAGCCAGCUUAAAGAGAAUGUUUCCUUUCUUGAAAAUUUGUUAAAGAAUAUUCUUACUGGUGUCUUCGUUCAUCGUUAUAGAGAUAUAAAUCCUCAGAUUAGGACGUUGUGCAUAGAACAGUUAGGAAAUUGGAUUAGAUAUUAUAGUCCACUUUUUUUGAAUGAUAACUGUAUGAAAUAUAUCGGGUGGACAUUGAACGAUAAGGUCAGUUCAGUUCGCAUUGCUGCGGUCAAAGUAUUACAGGAACUGUACUCUGUUGCGAAUUUCUCUUCUCAAUUGAAUAUCUUCACUAAAAGAUUUUGCGAACGAAUGAUCAUUAUGACGUCCGAUAAAGAAUGUGAUGUUUGCGUAGAAAGUAUAAAAUUAAUGACCAUAUUAUUGAGAUACGAAGAUAUUUUAGAUGAUGUUGCUUGCGCUCAAGUCUAUCGGCUUGUAUUUUGUUCCAACCCGAACAUUAGUCAUGCUGCUGGAGAAUUUCUUAGUACUUGGUUGUUUUCUGGUGACAAUGAUACGGAAAAAGAUGAUGGUGUUUCUACCGAUUUAAUGAAAAAGAAAGCCAAGAUACGCAUGAUGAAAGAUUUGAUCCGAUUCUUUAUCGAUACGGAAGUACAUGAAUUAGCGGACUAUCUAGUUGAUAGCUUAUGGAAUUCCACAGAAUUACUUAAGGAUUGGGAAAUAAUGACUGGAAUGCUUUUAGGUCAACACUUAAAGGAAGAUGAAGAACCAUUAGAUGAUGAGGAAGAAUUUAGACUUAUCAAGAUCAUGUGCUGUGCUAUUAAGCAAGGUUCUGUUGGUCAUGGGCCACCUGGUAGGCAGAUGGGGAAAAAGGGAUUUAUCUCUAGCAAAGAGAAAAGGGCCCAGCGAUCACUCAAAGAUGGGAUUAGUACACAUUUUUCCUUUAUAUUGCCGAAACUUCUCGCUAAGGUUUUGGAAGCGUUGCUAAAACAAAUAGAAGGAAUUCUAGACAAACAUACGGAUAUGGAGGUGCUUGAUGUAUGCGCCAAGACGUUACGUUGUUUGUUAGGCGAAGAAUCUAAUGUUAAAACAGCUGUGGAAGUUACUCGUCACAAAAUUAUGGACAGGGUUACAGAUGAAUUUAAGGAAAUAUUCGGAGGCACUGGAGGAAAAGAAGCUAUCAAUGAUAAUGUUGAGAGGGCGUUGUCAGAAUGUGACCAUGAUACGGAAAUAAAUAUGCUAACGUACUUAAGAAAAAUCAUAGUUAUGCACAAAGAAUUUAAUAUAAAGGCAUGGGAGUGCAUACCAUAUUUUAACGCGGUCGUAGAUUACGGGCUUAGAAAAUCGAUUAACGAUGAGAUGUUAUGCCUAGCAAUGUCAGGCGUUCAACUAAGUCUUGCUUGGGAAUUCUCGGAUGACGAAGCUGAAGGUGGACAGUUGAAAACAGGUCCUUUAUUGGAGAACUUUAACCAUUUGCUGAGAAUGUGUGACGAAUUAAUGCAAUUUGGUAAUUCCAUUGUUCAGAAAAAGGUAUUUUGUAUUCUUUGCGACACUCUUAUGAUGGUAUCCAAGCCUUUAAUGGAGUCAGAUCCUGCCACCAUACUUGCUUAUGAAACUGAUCGAAGCAUUCAGAUUCGUUGUAGAGACUUUAUUGUGUCAUGUGUUUUCGAUGUUGAUGAAGAUUUUGAUUUGGAAUCUCGCAAAGACGAUGUACCAGACAGCGACUAUGAAAUGUUUUGUGAAAAACGAAAUUUAUUAGCGGCAUUUUGUAAAUUAAUUGUAUACAAAAUAUUUGACACCGAAUUGGCUGCACCAGUCUUCGCUAAUUAUUUGAAGGCUUUUGAAAGUGUUAAAUUUGAAAAUUUGGCAAGUCCUUCAUCCGUCUUGAAAGAUAUUGAGCCGUUAAAGGAGUUAGCACGACGCUUCGGUUUAACGUUUGGAGUAGAAUCUCUCAAGAGCCAGUCAACCAGACAAAAUCUCAUUAAUUUACAUAGGGAUGGAAUCAAAUAUGCCCUUGAAAAAUCCGACGAUGUCCCUACAUAUCCUCGCUUGCCUUUCUUAGUUAUUUUAAACGAAUUUUCGUGCAGAUUGUUAGAUGUUGAUAAAAGCAGUAAAACGGCAGGAGUGCGAUCACCAGAUGUAGCGAUUAUUGAUGUAAUAACAUCCCUCACUAUUAGGCUGCCUUUUUUGGAAGAUUUAUUACCUAGUGAACUGAAAUCGAAUAUGAGAAAUGAAGAGUUAUACCCUCUUCGGAUAUACUUUGAAGGUUUAAAAGGUGAGAAAAACAAUGCAGAAGAAGCGGCUGAUAUUGAAGAUGACAAAGACGACAAAGCAGAUAGUGAACCCGUAGAAGAGCCUCAGGAAGACGAAUGGCUGAGCAAAGAUAAGGCGGUAAAAGAGCAGAAGGGGAAAAGAAAAUCGAAAGGACGACGUUCCAUGAGGUCAUCCGGCCGUACAGCUGCUAGACAGUCAAAUAAUUCUAUAAACAACAGUAACGAUACCACAAGUAAAGACAGAUCAAUGGAUGUUGAGGACAGCCAAAAAGGUGCUAAAGUAAAGAAAGGUAAAGAAGUUAAGACAAAAGAUAAUAGCGGUAAGCAUGAUGAAAGCGAAAUUGCUGAAUCAAUUAGCAAGGAAGCUGUCGAGAGUGAAAGUUCAGAUAGCGAAUCUGAUUAUAUUGACGCUCCUGAUUCUCAAGAAUCUUGGCUAGCUAGCCAACCAAAAGAGAAAAAAUCGAGUCGGAAAAUACGCUACAAUUAUAGCAAGUUGAUGGAAAAGGCUUAA